AUGUCGCCCGCACCUCCCGUCCCAGCUUCCCAAUAUGAGUGAGUCACAUGGACUGAUAUCCAGCUUGUCAGAGUCCAGACUCCAGACUGAAGGGGUCUCAGCUUGAGUGGCUCGAAGUUCCGUCUCGUCGCCACUUGCUGAGAUUUCGAUCAGAGGAGCUGACUAUGUCACUGACUAUGCCACUUUACAAUGACUCUGCAGCGUUAUCGUCGUCGGUGCUGGACCCACUGGCGUUAUGAGCUCCUUGUGCUACACCACAUUCGGGCUCUCUACUCUUCACAUUGUUAGUCACGGCGGGGCAGAUUCACCCCCACAUGUCCCCCCGCCCUCCCUGCGGCAACGCACUGACCCUUCUCAAGUGUCUCUCAUCUUAGGACGAUCGACCUCGCACGACCGAAGCUGGUCGAGCCGAUGGCCUGCAGCCUCGCACACUCGAAGUUUUUCGCAAUAUUGGAUCCGUCAAGGUUCAGGAGGGCAAAUCGAGCUUGGCCAAGCGCAUGAUCGCACAAGACGUCCGCGUCUACAGCGUCGCUGUCUGGGUGGGUCUUUUUCAACGCUUCCGCCUAGGUUCCCCGAUCCGGGUAGGUUGCUGACGUUUUUGCUUCAUGUAUCCAGGAUCCCACGGCGACCGAGCAAUUGUCUCGCACCUCGAGAUCCCCCUCGUGCCCCGAUUUCAUCGAUGUGUAAGCUUCCAUCGACCCAUGUCCGUAGCGUAUGCGUACUGACAUCCGACGAUGCCUUCCACCCCCAUACCAGUGUCGACAACUAAACCCUUUUGCUCCACCAAGGCUUGAUCGAGAAAUGCCUUCCUGGACGAGACAGAACUUCGACGCGCGCUUCUACCGGCAGAGAAGCUGAUCCCAGCGCCUCCGAGUCACGGCGGUGUGUUCCGCCCUUACACUUUUGUGGACGUCAAGACAGACCUCAGUCCCGGUGUCUCGCACCCGGUCACUGCCGUCAUCCGCAACACGGAGACGAACGAGGAGUUCACUGUUGAAGCCAAGUACUUGAUGGGAUAUGAUGGUGCGCGUUUCAGCGUCCGCAAGGCCAUCUCGGGCUCCGAAGCGACCGAUGGCGGUGAAAAGGGCAAGAUCACUAUGGACGGUGAUACGACCAACAUCAUCUGGGGCGUAAUGGAUGUCGAGGUCGAGACCGACUUCCCGGACAUUCUCUCAAAGUGGUCAGUCCCUCAAUCUCGGUGAUUCGGUAGCUCAUCGCGAGACCUCGUUAUCGCUGACAGUGAACAUAUCUUCUCUCGCGGCACCGAACAGUAUGAUUCAUUCGCGGGACGCGGGAUCCAUCAUGGUCAUCCCUCGCGAGGAUAACCUCGUGCGACUGUACGUCCAGCUUAAGGAAGGCGAAGCCGCCAGCUCGCACGUUGAGCGCACCAAAGCGACAUUGGACAUUUGUUUCGCGAGGGCGCGCAAGAUCUUUGAGCCAUUCGUUCUUAACUUUGGCCGGGUCGCCUGGUUCAGUGUGUACCAGAUUGGACAGCGCAUCGCGUCUAAGUACACGCUCGACCAGCGCGUCUUCCUCGGCGGUGAUGCGACACACACCCAUUCCCCGAAGGCAGGCCAAGGCAUGGUGAGCACUUCCCGUGCACUUCACUCCACAUGGUCUCUCUGUACUGACCAUUGGCCUAUGUACUUACCCACAGAACAUUUCCCUGCUCGAUGCCAUGUCGCUCACAUGGAAGUUGAACCUCGUCGAGACGGGCAUGGCUGACGCAGACAUUCUCUUGCCGACGUAUGAGUCGGAGCGUAAAGAGAUCGCCCACGCUCUCCUCGAGUUCGACACGGCCUACUCGCGCCUCUUUUCGGGCCAAGGCGCCCCCCAACUCGGACCCAAUGCAUCCGAAAUGGAGUCCGGCGCUCCCAGCUCGAAAGUCAACGUCGCGGUCGAUCCGCAGCUCUUCAUCGAGACGUUCAAAAAGAACGCCUUCUUCACCUCCGGCUGCGGAGCCAUUUACUCGGCCAACAUCUUGAAUGCGCUUGACGACUCGGGCCUGGUGCGAAAUUACCCCAAGAAGGGCGUCUUUAACCCCGCCGGUACGAGGUUGAUCGCCGGGCAGCGUUUGCUCCCGGGCAAGGUCACUCGCGCAGUCGAUGCGAACCAGGUCAGGAUUCAGCAAGAGGUGAAGCUGAACGGUCAAUUCCGGUGAGUCUUUAACCCGGGCUCUCAUCUGUCAGCAGUCUGCAGGAACAUCACUGAUCCCCGUUGCCCACACGAGUCCCUCAGGAUUCACAUCUUUGCGGGUAACUUGUCCAAGACGAUGCCGCAGCUACAAGCCUUCUCGGAAUACCUCGCCACACCCGAGUCGUUCUUGAACGUGCACCAACCUGCCUCAGGUGCCCGAGCCUCCCUUUACCCCGAUGUGCCAGCUUCGUCCCGCCACAUUGAGCACCAGACAACAAGCGUCCCCGUGAACCCCUUCUUCACCUUCCUCACGGUCGCCGCGGACAAGUUCGCCUCGCUCGACAUUUGUCAAUAUAUUGCUGUUUCAUCCCACUGGUAUUCCCGAUUAUGAUUAGUUACUAGUUGUUGAUAUUAGUCGCCCCGCGCGUCUCGAGCCUGCCUCGCGCGCGCUCCCUUAGCGCUUAUCUUCUUUCUCCAACUAUCUUUACUAUCUUCAUCGGCUCUCGUACUUACGUACUUCGUGCCUCGGCCUCAGGUUAGUUACUGUGCAAUUCUGGAACUAUCUUUACUAUCUUCAUCGGCUCUCGUACUUACGCACUUCGUGCCUCGGCCUCAGCUCGUGAAAACAUUGACUCGAUCCCCUUGGGCCUCCGAAGGAAUCGCGACCUCAUCUACUCUGACGACAUCUUUGAUCGACGAUCACCGACGCCGGACAGCGCGGCGAUGCAUGGCAAGUACGGUGUGAAUGUGGAAAAGGGUGCAAUCAUUUGUGUCAGGCCCGAUGGGUAUGUCGGAUGCGUUGUUACGCUUGGGCGCGAAGGCGCGAAGGCGGGGAGGCUUUGGGCCAGUACUUCAAGGGCUUCUUGAAGGUGCAGCAAAAGUAGGGAGAGGAGGGGGUUGCAAGUUCUCGAGACGGGAUUGUUCGGUUUGA